AAGUAGAUAGCGCGGCUUGCAUCAGUAUGUAGGGAGAGAGAAAUAAUUUCUGAGAUUAUUUGUGAUCCAGAGCUGAUACUCGCAAGACUUCUUUGUCACAGGUGAAGACUGGUAUUUUGUGAGGGCUGUUCUUAAUGGUACUCAUCUGAUGUCCUUUCGCUGAACGGUAAAUCCGCCCGAGUUAUGUGGGGACGAGUUUUGCAUCUUCCAUGUGUCAGACGCCCAUUGGGGUUUGAUUUAAGAACUUGUGUGCUUCUGUAAUUCUUUUUCGCUACCGCUUGUGUACCCCGCACCCGUCCUGUGGUCCUCAGCUAAUGAUAAAAAAGGGAUUGGCAUUGUGUCAAUUUCAUAGAGUUUGGCCACAGCUCAUCACACCAGUUGUUUUGACCAGGAACACUGUAGAACCUGUUUCUAUUGCAAUUUUACAUAGUUUUAUCAGAAAGAAGUUGUUCUCUGAUUGCAAAUUUCCAAACAUCUCAUCGUGUUCAACAUUAAGGUCUCUACCAUCCCCAAAUAAAGUUUCAAUACCUUUGGAUUAUUAUAAUUCAUUCCACUGGAAUUGUUUUGGCAUUGCAAGGAUGUCAUCAUUCCCAUUCUAUGUAGAAUAUGACAAGAGAGGUGCAGCAAAAUGCAAGAAGUGCAAGGAGAAAUGUGAAAAGGGGAUAAUUCGCAUUGGCAAGAUUGUUCCGAAUCCAUUUUCUGAAUCUGGGGGAGAAAUGAAGCAGUGGUAUCAUGUGGACUGCUUAUUUGAUAUGUUCAAGCGUGCUCGAGCCACCACAAAGAAGAUAGAGGAUCCUGUGGAAGAUAUUGAAGGCUGGGAAACCUUGGAAGAUGAUGAUCAGAAAAAGAUAAGAGCCUUAAUUGAUGAUCUUCAGAAUAAUAUAUCUCAAAAAAAGACCACCCCUAAGAAACAAGCACAAAAAGCCACACCUACCAAACAAACUCCUCAAAAAGCCACACCUACCAAACAAACUCCUCAAAAAGCCACACCUACCAAACAAACUCCUCAAAAGGCUACACCUAAUAAGCAAACUCCACAAAACAAACAAGUGCCUAACCCUGCAGCAACUCAGAAGAAUUUGAAGGUGAACCGUGCAGCAGGAGGUCAUGACAUUUCAAAAUCUGCACCUCCUUCAAGAACUGACCCAGGCAUGGACCGAAAUCAUAAAGACAACUCUUUUAGGGAAUUUCGUCGGAUAUGUGCAAGUGUUGCUGAGGAACCAAGCUAUUUGAGCAAAACUGAAAUAAUGUCAAACUUUUUAAAAAAUGGCACAAGUAAAACUGGAUUUGAGGGUGACCUAAGACUAUGGGUGAAGCUACUUCUCCCAGGAGUGGUCAAACGAGUUUAUAACCUUCAGUCUAAGCAACUUGUUAAACUUUUUUCACAGCUGUUCAACACUAAUUUGGAGGAAAUGAUUGAAGACUUGGAGCAAGGUGAUGUGGCAGAAACUAUUCGCAAAUUUUUUGAAGAAUCCAAGGCGCUUCCUCCUAUUAAAAAAAGUAUUUUGACUAUACACGAAGUUGAUGAACUAUUAGAGGAACUCACAGGAAAAACACGAGAAGAAGAACAGUCUAUUAUUUUAAAGAAGAUUGCCAAAAAAAGUACUGGUAACGAUUUAAAGAUGAUUGUGCGUUUGAUAAAAGCAGAUUUGCGGAUCAAUGCAGGAGCAAAACAUGUAUUAGAUGCUGUUCGUCCUGGUGCUUAUGAAGCGUUCCAAACAACACGUAACAUAGAUUCAGUAAUGGACCAAAUUCUUGCUGUGGGCAGUUCUGGCGUCAACCUUCAAAUGACGGCCCAAGUUAUGACUCCAGUCCUUCCUAUGUUGGCAGAGGCUUGUAAAUCAGUUGACUAUGCUUUCAAGAAGUGCCCUAGUGGAGCAAUGUUUUCCGAGAUUAAAUAUGAUGGAGAAAGAGUUCAAGUCCAUAAGUUGGGCAACGACUUUGCAUAUUUUUCACGUUCACUGAAACCUGUGAUGCCUCAUAAGGUGUCUCAUUUUAAGGACUACAUACCCAAGGCUUUUCCUCAUGGUAAAGACCUUAUUUUAGAUUCUGAAGUGCUGCUGAUUAGUACCAAAACAGGAAAUCCUCUGCCCUUCGGAACUCUGGGGAUCCACAAGAAAGCAGCGUUCGAGGAUGCAAAUGUGUGUCUCUUUGUGUUUGACUGCAUUCACUACAAUGGUGAAGAUCUUAUGAACAAGCCCUUAACAGAACGUCGUAAAGUCUUGGAGGAGAGCAUGGUUGAGAUUAAGAACCAUAUUAUGUUCUCCGAGAUGAAAUUAAUACGUAAAAAGGAUGACUUGCGGGAUAUGAUUAAACAUGUACUCAAGGAAGGUCUUGAAGGUCUUGUUCUCAAAGACAUUAAUAGCAUUUAUGAACCUGGAAAGCGACACUGGUUAAAGGUGAAGAAGGACUACUUGAAUGAUGGAGCAAUGGCUGACUCUGCUGACUUAGUGGUGCUGGGGGCCUGGUAUGGAACUGGAAAAAAAGGCGGAAUGAUGUCUGUUUUCUUGAUGGGGUGCUAUGAUCCCAAUAUUGAUAAAUGGUGUACAACCACCAAGGUUCACACAGGUUUUGACGAUGCAGCAUUGGAGCGACUGCAGACAGAACUGGAUAUGGUAAAGAUCAGUCAGGAUGUAGACCGUGUUCCACCGUGGCUUAAGUGUAAUAAGCCCAUGAUUCCCGACUUUGUUGUUGCCGAUCCAAAAAAAGCACCAGUUUGGGAAAUUACAGGAGCAGAGUUCACUCGCCACCAAAUCCAUACUGCUGAUGGAAUUUCUAUUAGAUUUCCACGUGUCACCAGAGAACGUAAGGAUAAGACAUGGAAAGAAGCCACAAAUCUUGCAGAGCUCCAGAUACUGUACAAGAAUUCUCGAGAAUGUUUAGACUUUGAAUCGCUUGUCUCAGACACUAAUGACAGAACAGAUGAUGACGAUGACAGUGGUAAGAGGAGUGGAGGAUCUGGCUUCUCAACACCUGUUACAACUGUAUCAUCCAACAGUGUAUCGCCAAAUAAAGCAAUUGGAGAAAAGGCCAAGAAUAAGGUCCAGAAGACACUUGGUGGAUCCAAUAAAGGUGAGAGAGUACAAGAGGAUAAAAUACAAGAAAAGGCAAGAAAGGAGGUGAAGCAGGAGAAAAGAAAGUCGGGUGAAACGAUGGGGGAGACACCUCCGAAAAAGAUGUGCAAGUAUGGUGCCUCAUGCUACAACGACAAUGUGGCUCAUCAAUACCUCUACGAUCACCCUGUACCGCUGCUCCAUACACCUCCAACAGUAAAUCCACUGCCAGAUAUAUUUAUUGGUGUUCAAGUCAGUAUGCCAGAUACCAUCGACAAGAUUGAUGUAUUGAAAAGAUAUAUUAUAGCCUACGGAGGAGAAGUCGUCCCAGAGUACAAAGCCACUAAGAGCACACACUUUAUUGUUCCUGCUAAGGAUACAUCUCUUCUGUCAUCAUGUGUAGGGCCAAGAGUGAUUGUUGACUGGCUGUGGGACAGUAUUAAACUUCAGAAGCUCCAGCCCACCAAAAUGUACUACAGUUAGCCCACCACCACAAGAUAGUACAUGUUCCUGCACAUUUACACCUUUCCCUGACAUAGCUGCUGCCUUUAAAAUGUGUAGUCAGUAGUGGCAUAAGUUCUUGUAACACUAUAUUUGUUUCAUAUAUGCUGUAGUACUGAAGCAUCUUCUUCCCAAUGACAUCAUAAAUCAAAGAUAGGGUUGCUCAGUAUACAUUUAUACUGUACUGUAAUAAUGUAGUAGCUUUGACCGACCCAUAUUAAUGAAAGCUGCAGCAAGGACUAUCUGUUGCUGAUAAGCUUUACCAUAUUGUGAUUGUGUUGUGUGCUGCCAUUACUAAGGGUUUACAGCCCCCAUUACAAUUCUUAUUUAAAAUUGGAAUUAUUUGGUCUUGCCUAAAAAGUAUUUUUUCGCAUGAAAUAGUAAGUAUUGUACCUGAAAAAGGGUUUGAGUAAGUUGGAAAAUAUAUUUCUGUAGAAUAUCAAGUAAAUACUGUGUGAAGAGGCCAGUUGUGGAUGUUUACAUGCCAGGAGUUUAAAUUUAUUAUUAAAUAAAUUAUAUUUAUAUGAAUAUUCUGGAUUAUGUACAGAAGUAUGAGGUUUUGCAGUUAUACUAACUUUGUUGCAAAAAAAUUAAAAAAAAAUUAAUGCAAUGGUUAUAUUAUUCCAAUAGUAACUUUUGUGUAUACUAUGAUAAAAUAGUUCAUCAAAUCAUUAGACAGAGAGAGUUGUUGUGUAAAAUAAUCUUUCUUGGACCACAUCAAAAAUACCAAUACAGUAUAAGCAAAAUAAUAAUUAUAAACCUUAUUGUCAGAUAUCCCAUAAGUGUGUAUAUAUAUAUGUAUUACACAUCUUUAUAAUUGCAGGAUAUAAGCAAGAGAUAUACCUAGAUUCACUUAUACAGUUUAUAAGAUAUAUAUAUCUCUUAUAUAUAUGAUAUAUAAGUGGAUAUACAAGGGAUAUAUCUUAUAUGUAUAAGAUAUUAACUUAUAUCAUGUAACAUAAUUACCAGAUAUAAGCAAAAAUAAUAAUUACAAACCUUAUUGUCAGGUAACCCAUAAGUGUGUAUUUAUGUAUUACACAUCUUCAUAAUUACAGAAUAUUUCUUUUGUAAGAAUAAUUAUUUUCUAAUAUCUAGUUAUGGCAGUACGGUGGCAUUAAUUACUUACCUAUCAUUUCCUUACUCUCAAAAUUCCUCCAAGUAAGCAACUAUUGCAGACUAACAACUGCAUGUGUACAGUACAGGGACAUCUCCCUCAAGUGGAUCAAUUUGGGUUGUAUUGCAUAGGAAUCUCCAUUCAGGUACAGUAUAGCAAAUUUACUAUUUUCUCUAUUUUUGUGUCACAAUUAAUGCAGUAUUAUUAGUAUAUAUUUUAAUAACCAAAUCCCAUGGACAAGUAAAUACAGAACUUAAUAUAUGAAAUAUUUUUGUUUUCUGCACCACAAAUCCCAAUUAUCUGGAAAUUGCAUCACUAAUCCAGUCAGCUGAAGUACAGUAUGACCUAUCAUAAUUUUUCAUUUAUAUCUGAACUUUCACUGAACUGUGUUCCAUUCAAGUAAGUGUCACUGUAGUUGUUCUGAACAUGAUGCAUAAUAUCUCAUUCUGCUCCAUGUAAUGCCAUUUCUAGACUGACACCAGAUAUACGCUGUUUCUCUUUCCAUGAACUGAUGGUUUAUACAUCAUUCGAACCCACUGUCUGUCGGUCUCAGGUCCCUCAAUCACAUAUCUUAUUCUACUUUAUCACUCUAACGUCUUUGUUCUUUUCCCCAUUCCUCUUGUUCCAUACACCUUUGUAUUAUUGUUCAAAGCACUUGAAUAAUUUUUUUCAACAUCUCAAAAUUGUUUUCUAUUGUUAAGAGAGCACUGAUCGGAUUUGGUUUGUAUUUUUAAUAAUCAAUACUAGUGUGAAUAUAUAAGUAUUGUGGCUGCAUGCCACCAGCUGGCAAAUGAGAGAUGUCACAUUAAUAAGCAGCAUUAGAGAAAUGAACUCUACUUCCCUGUGUGUUUCAUUGAGGUAAAGUAUAUUUGACAUUCAUCCUUGAAUGCUCAAAGAUGCAUAAUAUUAUUGAUGCUCUUUUUGUUAGACUGAUACUGUUUGUAUUCAUUAGGCAACUAGUACAAGUUAUUGAGAGUAAAAGCAAUUAUUCUCAUAUUACAGUACUGUUCUUGCCUUAUGGUUGUGAAGAUAUGCACAGAUUACUGGUACAGAAUAUUUAAAAGGUAUCUUAAUUCUUUGUGAUUCAUCAUAUCCAAGUCUUCUUCACUUUUGUGUUACUUGCAGUUCUGAAUUUACUGUAAUUCAGUAAUAUAUUUGCUCUAUGUAGUAAGUAAAAAAUGAUUUAUGGUACAUAACUUUUAAUACUACUCAGCACAGAAGAGAGAGGGAGAGAAGAGAUAAUAUUCUGGUGUGUGUAUGUAAUUACCUAUGUGUAAUUACAUACACACACACAAUAUGUAUGUGUGUAUCGAGUGUGUGUGUGUGUGUGUGUGUGUGUGUGUGUGUGUGUGUGUGUGUGUGUGUGUGUGUGCGCGUGUGUGUGUGUGCGUGUGUGCGUGCGUGUGUAUGUAUUCUUUGUACAUAUUACUGUACUAAUUUGAUAUGUAUUCAACUAUUUGAGAGUGCACACAUGCUGGAAUAAAGUGUUUGUAAAUUUUACUGUAUAAAAUUUAUGCCACAGUUCAAAGUUGUAUUAGCUAGCAGGGACCAUAUAUUAGAUAGCAAUUUUGACAAUUUAUAAGGAGUGAUAACAUAAAUAUUUGUAAAUAAAUUCAAACUGUGUCAUUAAAAAAAUCACCAAUUAA